GGAAGAUGGCGACGGAGCGGCGCGGUGGCAGCGGCUCCCCCAGCGGCCGGAGCGGGACCCAGCGGCCGGGAGCCCGCGGCCCGGGGCCGGCGUGAGGGGGAGGCGGGAGCCAGCGCGGGCACCCGCCGGAGGGGCCCCGGCGCCAGGUGGAGUUGCAGGGAGUGAUUGCAAGCCAAGCAUUGUUGGUUUUUGCUCUGUGUGCUGGCUGCUGAACAAAGGUGCUGAUGAAAAGGUGCACAGUGCCCUUUGCUCAGUCUGUUUUUGGUGCAGUGUAGCCUGGCUCUUCCUCUGACUCUGCACACAGCUGCUCAGCAAGGCAACAACCCAGCAACCUUGACACCUUGCUGUGGAAGGGAAGAUUGUACAUUCUUUUUCAAUAUUCAAGUAGUACUCAAAGGAUUGGUGCUCCGUUGUGCUAGGUUCACUGUACAGACAUGGAUGAAGACAGAGUCGGUGCCCUGAAGCACUUAAUCUAAAAAUCUAAGCCUAACAAAGGGUUAGUCCUUGCAGGGCUUGUCCUGUCUGAAGAGCUGGGAUCCACUUUUCAGGAGCCAGCUUGCCGGCAGAGAGUCUCCAACCUGGGUCAUUUCUUCGGCUCUUAUAAAGAGAAAAUUGUUUGUGACUUUGAGAGCAUAAAAUCCAAGGAGCAGCUCCUCUUCUUCAGACUGACUUGAGGUAUAGCUAGAAGGUGCCAUCAUGUGAAUGGCAAGCGGCUAGCUGAGGAACAGACUGCCAGGUGGGAUUCCCCGGCUCCACACACAGCGCACAGGAUGGCUGACUGAUUUGGGCUUGGAAACAAAGGUGUUUAAAAACACCUCAUCUUCCCUAGGACUUGGCUGAGAGAGAGGAGUGGCGGCGGGGGAAGCACACAGAGGAGCGAUGGGAAUUGAGGACCAUGGUUACUUGAGAUAAAUGGCAGAUCCCUGGGAGUCUAGUCUAGAAGCUGCUCGCUUUAGUUUUCCCUUGCUCUGCAGCCACUGUUUCUUCUUUGUGAGCUGCUGCUGGAUGCUGCCACGGUGGCGCUGGAGAUCUCCAGGGCGACCUGAGUGCAAAGCUUGAGGAGGGGGUGGGCCACCCGCCUCACCAUGAUUCAGCUGUGGAAAGUGGUGCGGCACGUGCGACAGCUGGAGCUCCACAGAUUGAUCCUGCUGCUCAUUGCCUUCAGCCUGAUCUCCAUGUGCUUCCUGGCCUACUAUGUCACCAACAGCCCCAAAAUCAAGGAGCCACCGCCCCUGCCCUUCAGCGACUGCAGCAACCAGCACAGGCCCCCGAUCCCGCCCCGGGCCAGCUGGAGGCUCACCAAAUCCGUUGACACCUCGCGCACUGAACCUGUGGUGCUAGUCUUUGUGGAAAGCAUUUACUCCCAGCUGGGGCAGGAAAUUGUGGCCAUCUUGGAAUCCAGCCGGUUUAAAUACAGGACAGAGAUUGCCCCUGGCAAGGGGGAUAUGCCCACCCUGACAGACAAGGACAGGGGCCGCUAUGCUCUUAUCAUCUAUGAGAAUGUCCUUAAAUAUGUGAACCUAGAUGCUUGGAACCGGGAGCUGCUGGACAAAUACUGUGUGGAGUAUGGAGUGGGGAUUAUAGGGUUCUUCAAAGCCAAUGAGAACAGCCUGCUUAGUGCUCAGCUCAAGGGAUUCCCCCUCUUCCUACACUCUAACCUAGGGCUCCGGGACUAUCACAUCAACCCUAGUGCCCCCCUGCUCUACAUCACUCGGGCCAAUGAGGUGGAGCAGGGUCCCCUGCCCGGUGAUGACUGGACUGUAUUCCAGUCAAACCACAGCACCUAUGAGCCUGUGCUCUUGGCCAGCACAAAGUCUUCAGAGUCCAUUCCUCAGCUGGCCACCCACAAAGCACUGCAUGCCACUGUCGUGCAGGACCUGGGUCUGCAUGACGGGAUCCAGCGGGUCCUCUUCGGCAAUAACCUCAACUUCUGGCUGCACAAACUUGUUUUUGUGGAUGCCAUUGCCUACCUGACUGGCAAGCGCCUCUGUCUCACGCUUGACCGCUACAUCCUCGUGGACAUCGAUGACAUAUUCGUGGGCAAAGAGGGCACUCGCAUGAAGGUGUCUGAUGUGGAGGCUCUCCUGAACACUCAGAACAAGCUGAGAACAUUAGUCCCCAAUUUCACUUUCAACUUGGGCUUCUCUGGGAAAUUCUACCACACAGGUACAGAUGAGGAAGAUGAAGGCGAUGACAUGCUACUUAAACACAGGAAGGAGUUCUGGUGGUUCCCGCACAUGUGGAGUCACAUGCAGCCUCACCUCUUCCACAACGUCACCGUGUUGGCUGAGCAGAUGAAGCUCAACAAGCAGUUUGCGCUGGAACAUGGGAUCCCCACAGACUUGGGCUAUGCUGUGGCCCCCCAUCAUUCUGGAGUUUAUCCCAUCCACACACAGCUCUAUGAGGCCUGGAAAUCCAUCUGGGGCAUCCAGGUGACCAGCACUGAGGAGUAUCCCCACCUGCGGCCUGCCCGGUACCGGCGAGGGUUUAUCCAUAACGGCAUCAUGGUGCUGCCUCGACAGACGUGUGGGCUUUUUACUCACACCAUCUUCUACAACGAGUAUCCUGGGGGCUCCAAGGAGUUGGACAAAAGCAUUCGGGGCGGUGAACUCUUCCUGACAGUGCUUCUGAACCCAAUCAGCAUCUUCAUGACGCACCUGUCUAAUUAUGGGAACGACCGGCUGGGGCUGUACACUUUUGAGAGCUUGGUCAAGUUUGUGCAAUGCUGGACCAACCUUCGCCUGCAGACUCUGCCUCCUGUCCAGCUGGCAAAAAAGUACUUUGAAAUCUUUCCCCAGGAGAAGAACCCACUGUGGCAGAAUCCCUGUGACGAUAAGAGGCACAAGGAUAUCUGGUCCAAAGAGAAAACAUGUGACCGGCUCCCCAAGUUCCUUGUUGUUGGACCCCAGAAAACUGGCACAACAGCUGUGCACUUCUUCCUGACCAUGCACCCAGCGGUCACUAGUAACUUCCCGAGCCCAGCCUCCUUCGAAGAGAUCCAGUUCUUCAAUGGGCCCAACUAUCAUAAAGGAAUUGACUGGUACAUGGAAUUCUUCCCCAUCCCCUCCAACGCCAGCACAGACUUCAUGUUUGAGAAAAGUGCCAAUUACUUUGACACAGAGGUGGUACCGAAGCGUGGCGCAGCCCUGCUUCCACGAGCCAAAAUCAUCUCCAUUCUGAUCAACCCGGCCAUCCGAGCCUACUCCUGGUACCAGCACCAGCGUGCUCACAGCGACCCUGUGGCUCUCAAUUACACCUUCUACCAGGUGAUUACUGCGAAAUCCCAGGCCCACCUGGAGCUGCGCAACCUGCAGAGCCGAUGCCUGCUCCCUGGAAUGUAUUCGACUCACCUGGAACGAUGGCUGACGUAUUACCCCUCUGGGCAGAUUCUGAUUGUGGAUGGCCAGGAGCUCCGGCACAGCCCUGCUUCCAUCAUGGAGAACAUCCAGAAGUUUCUGGGGGUGACACCACUCUUCAACUACACCCAGGCCCUCAAGUUUGAUGAAGCAAAAGGAUUUUGGUGCCAGGUGCUAGACGGAGGGAAGACUAAAUGCUUGGGAAAGAGUAAAGGAAGGAAGUAUCCUGACAUGGAUUCCUCGUCUCGGCUGUUCCUCACAGACUUCUAUCGAGAGCACAACAUCGAGUUAUCCAAGCUGAUGAACAGACUUGGGCAGCCCCUUCCCACGUGGCUCCGCGAGGAACUGCAGAAUUCCAGCUGGAGCUGAGGUGGAAGCCCCUGCCCUGGUGCUGAUGGAUGCAUGGUGCUGUCUAUCCAUGGAUAUAAAAGCCAGGUGGAAAAUACACUACGAUGGCAUCUCUUGUCAGUCAAAAAACUAGAGAAAAGAACAGCAGCCAAGAUCUUGGGAUGGUGACAGGAGCCCUUCCCGCUCUGGCUGCUGCCUGGGAUGUCAUUGCAGGAGGUCCAGCGAGACUGUUGCACCCAGUGCGAAUCAAGCCCCUAAAUAUUAAUGGUUUGUUACAAAACUUUUGUAAGAGAGACACAAAGAAAAGGAAAUUGCACAAAGUGUAGCGGCUGCUCCAGGAGGAGACUGUGAGCCCAGGGAACAUCUGUGGGCUUCCCUCCCCCCACCCAGAAGAGAGCAUGCUAACCCUUUGAAGACUGGGAUUUUUCAGACUCCUAUACUACUACUGUCUGAAAUGCUCAGUACUUAGAGGGUUAAUGUCUUCCAGUUGUGACAGGUUUGGGGUGCAGCACCUGGCCUUUGUUGUUGAUAGCGAUGUGGUAAUUGCACUGUUGUAGCAGAAAGAGCCACUGCAGCCUAGAGAAGGGGGAAUCGGGAGAACCCCAACUUUGGGGAGCAGUUUUAAUGCCAGCCAUGAAAGGCAACAUUCCCUCUUCCUCCUUGCACAUGGAGUUUGUUCUUUGGAGACGGGUCCUGCUGUUCGUAAACUGUGUGGCUCCCCUCAACAGCAUCCUCCGCUUAGGCUCCCUGCUCAGAGAGGGGGGGUGUUGUAAAGUGGACUGCCUGGUCCUGCCUGCAGCUGUGCCCAGGGAGCUAGGUGAAGGAGCAGAGGCUUGCAGAAGUUGUCAUAAAGAAUCUGUCUGUUGUCUUCCAGAGGGAGGGGAACAGAGGUUGUCCUCUAACAAUAGAAUAUUUCCUCUACCUCCUCCUGGGAAUGGGCUUGAUAAGUUAGUCUAAGGCCCCUGGUUGCAAAGGCUCUAAGCCAUGCUGCUGAAUAUAACUGAGGAUCAUGUCCUACUAGCUGCUUCCUCUCUUGCAUAUUUCCCAGGCAUUACUGAUUUGGGGAAGAGUGGUCCAGUUCUUUUCUGGGGCUGCAUCAGCAUCCACAUGAUGGCAGGGUCCAGAAGAUACCAGGCCACAAAGCUAGUUUCUUCAGUGGACAUCAGUGAGAGAGGAAUGGGGUCAAACAGGAACAUCCUCUGACUCGCACUUAGCUUCUGAGCAGAUGACAUCCUCAGGGGUGCCAGAUCCAUUGAAGGGAUAGGAUAGAUAACUGAGUAGGAGCAAUCUAGGCAAGAUCCAGGGCACUCAGAGUAGAGUUUGUUGAUCCUCCCUUGGUGCAAAAGAACAAGGCCCUGAUCCUUGUGAAUUAAGAGACACACUCACCCCCUGUACCAAGCCAGAUAGCUUAGUGAGAGUAAAGGCAGCUCUGCUGCCAAGGGACUGGGGCUUCUAUUGUGGGGACAAUUGUCCAGCUGCAUUGGGGGGGGGUUUGCUUUUCUCUGAGGUUGGCCACACUUGGAAAAGUAAUACCCAGACAGUUGCAGGAGAUGAAUUCUGAUGAACUCGUCCUGCUGGUGGCUGGAGUGGUUGUUUUCUUUCUCACUGAGCCAAUGGGCGUCUAAAUUCCAACUUCCCCUGUCUCACUGCAUGGAGGAGAGUGGCUCUGGAACCAGCUUUUUUUACUCCUUCUCCAGCCUUAUAUAGCAGGAGUCUUGCUGCUUAAGACAAAUGGCAGGGUUCACUUUGACCCAGACAGGAACAUAAUGUAUGGCAACUUCUGCAACUGUCAUGGUCUCCUUUUUUCUAAAGGGGAGAGAAGCUGUUUCAACCAAGCUUUUCCAUUGAGCCUUGGGUAUUGUGUAUUUUUAACUGGUGCAUUUACCAUUGUAUGUAAAUGUAUAUAGUAUGCAAUAUAGUAUUUUAUUCCAUGUGCCCUAAGGAAGGGCUAACCUUGUGCAACCAAAAAGAGGAACAGAAAUAGAAACCUAUCUCCCUCAUUAGAACAGAGGAGAGCCCCGCUUCCUGCACUGGAUUCAUGUAUAGUGUCAUUCACAUUGAAUGAUGAUAAUGGAGAAAUUCUUGGCUCUCGAAGCUGAGCACAAGUGUCUGAAUAAAGGCUAGAAGUAGCAUUCAGUGGGUUCAAUAAACGUACCACUUAUUUUCUA